AUGGAUUACCGGAGCCGUGCCGUCGCCUUCUACACAUACUACGCACCAGAAAAGGUGGAUGGCGUGGAUGCGCAGUUGGCAAAAUACGAGGGCAGUGAGGAAGCUUUUUUUGAGGCUUUGGUUAGUAAGUACGGACCCGAGCCCGAAUAUUACAAUUACGAUGAAAAUGAAAGUAAUACAAAUGGUGAUGAAAGCCUCGCAUUUCGUGACAGAGUUAUAGCCUUGUACACCCAGUACGCCCCCGACAAGCUGGCCAACGUGGACGCGCAGCUGGAGAAGUACCGGGGCCAGGAGGAGGCACUGAUUGCCGCUCUUGUCAGUAAGUACGGCCCCGAGCCCUCGGGGGCUGCGGGUGCCUCACCGGACUACCGCAGCCGUGUUGUGUCCAUCUACGAGCAGUACG